UCGCAAACGUGUCAGCUCAAUUUUAUCAGGCUGAGUGUAGUCCAGGUAAUUUUCUCCCCUUUUUCAGGUGAUUUCAUUAAGAUGGCAGACCCUCUAAUUUUGGUGUAGUUUGAUAAGGCCUGGGCGCGGUUCUCGUUGCAGCCGCGCCUUUUCCUGUCACGACAGCGGGUCAGCUGACAGCUAGCGGAGAGCCGGGAGGAGCUGGCGGUUGGGUGCUGCUACAGCAAGGCCAAACGUGGAGAGGGAGAGCUACGAAGCGGUGUCGUCUGUGAGAUUACAAGGGUGGGGGUUGAUUUCACCAUGGCCAGUUGGGACUGAGGAGCAGCCACAAUGAUUGGAGGACUGUUCAUCUAUAACCACAAGGGGGAGGUCCUCAUUUCUCGGGUCUACAGAGACGACAUAGGGCGUAACGCAGUGGACGCAUUCCGUGUGAAUGUGAUUCACGCCCGGCAGCAGGUUCGAUCCCCAGUGACAAACAUCGCACGCACCAGCUUCUUCCAUGUCAAGCGCUCAAACAUCUGGUUGGCAGCUGUCACCAAGCAGAAUGUCAACGCUGCCAUGGUGUUUGAGUUCCUGUACAAGAUGUGUGACGUGAUGACAGCCUACUUUGGCAAGAUCAGCGAGGAAAACAUCAAGAACAACUUUGUGCUCAUCUAUGAGCUGCUGGAUGAGAUCCUGGACUUUGGCUACCCCCAGAACUCAGAGACUGGAGCUCUGAAGACUUUCAUCACCCAGCAGGGCAUUAAGGGACAGCACCAGACAAAAGAGGAGCAGUCUCAGAUCACCAGCCAGGUGACGGGGCAGAUCGGCUGGCGUCGUGAGGGGAUCAAGUAUCGCCGCAAUGAGCUCUUCCUAGAUGUGCUGGAGAGUGUCAACCUGCUCAUGUCCCCACAAGGCCAGGUCCUGAGUGCCCACGUGUCAGGCAGAGUAGUAAUGAAGAGCUACCUGAGUGGAAUGCCUGAGUGUAAAUUUGGCAUGAAUGACAAGAUUGUCAUUGACAAACAGGGCAAAGGAGGCGUGUCUGACGAUGCAGGAAAGAGUGAUUUAGGGGGAGGAAGCGGGAAACAGUCAAUAGCCAUCGACGACUGCACGUUCCACCAGUGCGUGCGGCUCAGCAAGUUUGACUCUGAGCGCAGCAUCAGCUUCAUCCCCCCUGAUGGAGAGUAUGAGCUCAUGAGGUAUCGCACCACUAAGGACAUCAUCCUACCAUUCAGAGUUAUUCCCCUGGUCAGGGAGGUGGGCCGCACCAAGUUGGAGGUCAAGGUCGUCAUUAAAUCAAAUUUCAAACCUUCACUCCUGGCCCAGAAAAUUGAGGUGCGGAUCCCAACACCCCUCAACACCAGCGGCGUGCAGGUGAUUUGUAUGAAGGGAAAAGCCAAAUACAAAGCCAGUGAGAAUGCCAUCGUCUGGAAGAUCAAACGCAUGGCCGGGAUGAAGGAGUCUCAGAUCAGUGCUGAGAUUGAACUGCUGCCAACCAACGACAAGAAGAAAUGGGCCCGACCUCCCAUCUCUAUGAACUUUGAGGUUCCCUUUGCUCCAUCUGGUCUGAAGGUGCGCUACUUAAAGGUGUUUGAGUCCAAGCUCAACUACAGUGACCAUGACGUCAUCAAAUGGGUGCGCUACAUCGGCCGCUCUGGCAUCUACGAAACUCGCUGCUAAAAUUGAUCCCUGCCAGGCAGCGAACGGACCACUUCCUCCCAUCUCUCAUGAAGGUUUCUUUUCUUAAACCCUUUCCCCAAUUUGUCUAUUUCUUCCAUCCUACCUGUCUGACCUUCUCCCUUUCCUAACUAGGUGUUAGAGAUUGAAUUUACAUUGUGAAAGUAAAUAUGGUAUAAUGCACAGAUAUAUGCAAAAAAA